GGCCGUACGGGAGUGUCGGGUUACGGCGUUGUCGCCAUGGUGUCCUGGCAAAAUCUCGGGUGAACGGAAGUUCCGGCCCUUACUGGCCACCUGAGUGACAUGUGGGCGGGCCUGGACUUGACUGCGUCUCGUGUGUGUAUCUUAACAGAAUGAGAAACACCCGUCACUAAAUAAGUAGGCAUCUUGUGCACCGGUUGCCAGUUUGACGAGGGAGAAGGAGCCCAAAUGAUCCUGGGACUACAAGGAAAGAGAUCCCUGGAGACUAGAAAAAGUGCUUUGUGAUCACUAUAAUCAUUGUCCAACAUCGCCGACGCUCCGAUGAUUCGACAUGAACACGAUUAAGCAACAUUCUGAGGAAGUCUCCGCCCGGAGCUGCUCCGUCGCCUUCUCCUUCAUCCACAACCACACUCUCCUGUGACACACACCUUCAUCUUAGUCUUUUCUACUCAUUCCAUUUUUUUACGUGCAGUCAUUCUCGUCACCUGCCAUCCCAUCUUGAGGCACACAUCCUCAUUUGAGCAUUUUUUCUACUCAUUCCGUAAUUUUGCUCACGGCAAUUUUCUGUCACUUGUCAUCCUGUUCCCUUAGGCACAUACUUCACCCAUUUAGGGAUCGAUAACACCUACCUCCAUAGAUAUCAUUUCAUCCUGAAAUUUCUUUCAAGCCUAUUACUGUUUUUAGCACGUGCUACAGCCUUGUAUAAUAGUCACUUGUUUAGUCCUACCUCGCCAAAAACACCACAUAUACAGACACACACACACACACACACAAACACACCAUGGAGCCCUUCUCAGCUGAGCUCUUGCCCUUCGUUAUAGCCGGCUUCAUCAUCGCCUUCAUCUUGGCUUUCGGUGUGGGAGCUAAUGACGUUGCUAAUUCCUUUGGCACGUCGGUAGGCUCCCGCGUAUUGACACUACGGAACGCUUGCAUCCUAGCAACCAUAUUCGAGGUGCUUGGGGCUAUCCUCAUAGGUUAUAAGGUCUCCGAUACGGUGCGUAAAGGUAUCCUGGAUGUCUCUCUCUAUAACAACACCGAGAAGGAGCUCAUGUUGGGUUCUCUCGCAGCUCUAGGGGGUAGUGCAAUGUGGAACCUAGUGGCAACCUUCUUCAAGCUACCCAUAUCCGGCACCCACACUAUCGUUGGAGCCACCGUUGGCUUCUCUCUCUGUGCUCGUGGGUUCCAGGGCGUCAACUGGGGAACUUUUGGCAAAAUUGUUGCAUCAUGGUUCGUAUCCCCUGUUCUUUCUGGUAUCAUGUCUGGCGUCAUUUAUUUGGGAAUCAACCACUUCAUUUUGAAGAAAGAAAAGCCACUCGAGCCAGGUCUCCGUGCUCUCCCCUUCAUCUACGGCUUCACUCUUCUCGUCAAUGUCUUCUCAAUUGUCCAUGAUGGACCCUCAAUGUUGAAGUUUGAUGUGAUCCCAUGGUGGGGUGCCAUUGUGAUAUCCCUGGGUGUGGGCAUCCUCACCAUUCUCGUUGUUCAGCUAGUAGUUGUCCCACGUCAACGGAAGGCUAUUAAUGCCCAACUUGACAUUGCAGCCACCAAACAGGAGAAUGAAGUCAAGUUCACUUUCGACUCUGCUGAUAACUUAGAAAUGGUUGAACUAUUAUAUAAUGAAGAUAAUUCGCGUUCACCCUCACCUCCGAACCAGGACAUCUCUGUGAUUGAGAAAGGCAUCUCCCCCACAACCUACACAUUCAACAGUACCACUGAGGUCAAUGGAUACAUACCUGCAGAAAAUAAAUCUAAUCUUCUUGGUAGUGGACUUGAUACCACCUCCCCUUCAUCCAACUCUUUAGGUGUUACCAACAACAGCAGCCAAGUACCUCUUGUGAGUACCAAUCAAGUGAAAGUGAUCUCAAUGGAGGAACUUGCUGACAAGAAGGAUGUUGAUGCUGACAGAAUUGAGGUGAAGAGUCUCUUCUCUUUCCUUCAAAUUCUUACAGCUACAUUUGGCUCCUUUGCUCAUGGUGGAAAUGAUGUUAGUAAUGCUAUCGGUCCUUUGAUAGCUCUGUGGGCAAUCUACACAGAGGGUUCUGUAGCACAGUCCUCUCCUACACCUAUCUACAUUCUCUUAUUUGGUGGGCUGGGUAUCUCUGUGGGCCUGUGGGUAUGGGGCCGUCGUGUCAUCCAAACUAUUGGUGAAGAUUUGACCAAAGUGACUGCAUCUUCUGGCUUUACUAUUGAGAUAGGAUCUGCCUUUACUGUGUUGUUUGCUUCAAAAAUUGGUCUCCCUAUUUCCACGACUCACUGCAAGGUUGGAUCUGUUGUCUUCGUCGGCUGGGCCAAGUCUUCUCGUCAGGGUGUUGAUUGGAAACUUUUUAGGAACAUUGUGAUAGCAUGGGUGGUCACCGUACCUCUAACAGCUGGGAUAUCAGCCCUACUCAUGCUUAUAUUUAGGAUUGCCUUCUUAUAAAUCACUUCCCUGCUACUGUGAUACUCAGCUGGGGACAUUCACUCCCAAUCCCAGCUCCUCUUGUACCCAAGUGUGGCUUCUCCAAGGUCCAUUCUUGCAGCAUUAAUUAGGAUUUUUAUGUUGGAUGCCAGUGGUAUGGAAUCACUGUGUGGGUCCUGCUGCACAAUAUGCAUGUGUCUGUGCACAUUAAGAUAUAUUUUUGUUUAAUAGAAAUACAGUAUUAUUAGAUGCCAGUCUGUCUCCAAUACAUUGAUUCUUUGUGAUGCUUAAAAUCUGCAAGAGGAGUAUGGUCACAGGACUUGGUGUUGGUAAGGAGAGUCCCCUGUGCUGCCAUCAUUACCAAGUUUCACAAUUAUUGGCAGCCUUAGCCUUUUCAUUACACCACUUUAAUGUACAAUCUUCACUGUCUCAUUAAAACAGUGAUUUUUGAAUUAUUUAAUUAAUUAAAUAUUUUGAAUGACUACAUAAUUGCUUAUAAAAGUUAAAAUCUAUCCUGUGUGCAAUUGUAUUGGUAAAAAUAUUUUCAGUAAUUUUUUUCGGAAAUGCAGAUACAUUGAAGUUAUUUAUCUGAGAGUAACUGACAAGUUUUGCAUGGCACUGCCAAAGACAUCCUUUGUUGCCUUGUUUCCUCCAAGAGUUACUCCUCCUUUAGGGAAUGACAUCAUGCAUUGAACUUUUUCCAGGCACUUUAUCUACUACCUUCCAAAAUAUGUAACUUUUUUUUUAUUUAUUGUUGGAGUAAAUAUCAUUCCAUAACGAAGGACUAUCUUUUUUUUUUUUUUUUACCGUAAGUACUGGAUACUAUUCAGUUACUAUCUAGCAUAAAUACUCUUUACAUGUGAAUUUUAUUCUGCAAUUUCCUGUAAUAAUUAUGGAGUUCACUGUUUUUAGGGGAUUGUGGUAAUGAAUAAUAACUUCAUUGUGAUAUAUCUUUUGAGCACAGAUGUUUAUGAAAAUGUUGAGGUUGCCUACAGAUGCCCUUGCUCUCAUACAGAGUUGAAUUUCUCUCUCACAAGUCUAGUUAGAGGAUGGGCAACGUGUGAUCGUAAGGGAUCACAAUAAUCAAGUAUAGUAAUUGGUAAUAAAUGAUUACUCAGCAAAGUUAUUCAUAUAUUUUAAGAAUCAUUGAGAGUAUAAUUUAUAAAUGUAGAUGAUAUACUCAUAAAUUUUCAAAUCAUUUUUGGCUGUGAGAGAGUUAGUUCUCCUAUGCAUUCAUUAUCAUACAAUGGGUUUCACACUGUUCAUAUUCAGUUGCAAGGAUGUUUACAUUCUUACAAUCAUCCAUACAUAUUUAUCAUUUUCAUUACAGUACUUGUUAGUUGCUCUGGGAAGCAUAAUGCUAACUUGGAAAAUAUUAAAUGUUAUUUUUUUUAUAAAGUACAUUAAAAUGUGGAAUGUUUGUGUCAGAGCAGUCUGGUUUGUAAUGGUACGUAUGAGUUGCAUCCAGGUCUAUAUUUUGAUAUACUCCUUGUGUAUAUGGUUUAAGUUAAUAAUGGCCAAAUUCAACCAAAUAAAUUUGAUGAAAGAAAUUCUGAUGUCAAUUAAAGAAAAUUAUGUUUAAUCAUAAUUUUACUGAGUAUUUAACAAAAAUUGUUCAAAAGUAUGUUGUAUCAAUAUGAUUACUUUCUGUAUGUAGGUAAAUUAAAAGAAUACAAGGUGUACACGAGAUGCAGUGUGGUUUUAAUUUUAUAUAGUUAAUCCCAGGUGUGUGAUUCGGAGUCUCAAUCCAGGCACAAUAUUACUGUUAAUGAGCAUCAUGCAGCCAGGAUGGGGUGGGGUGGGAUAUGUUAAGUGGGAUAUAUAUAUUUACUAGGUAGGGAGGGUUUAGGGAUUUUGAUGGGUUGGGUAAAACAAACUAGUCGUGCUUAUUGUACAGGGGAAACGUGAUAGAUAUCCUGAGCUGUAUUUUAAUUUCCAAUGUAUUUGUAUAUUUUCAUGAUUAAAUAUUGAUAUAUUACAUAAUUUUUAUAUAUAACGAAGUAUGAAUAAUAAUAAAAAAUUGUUCAAUAGCAUUUUUCACUGAUGAUUCUCCUUUUAUCAUUGUGGAGUAAUACGAUGCAUCUGGUCAUGUGUCUCAACAUGUGCAACUGACUACACAAUGCAGGUCAAUGAGUGUAUUUGUAAAAGGUUCAUCCUUAAUAUAGUUCUGGUACUCUCAAUAAUGAGCCUUUCCAUCAAAUUCCAUUAUCUUCCAUAAAGCAGAGAAAAUCUACCUUGCAAUAUCCAGUUAGUGGAACAAUCUCGUUUAAACUAUUUUUCAAGUUCCUUUUGGAAUGAAAGGUAUUACCAGUUAUUUAUUUUACUUAUUACAUAAUUUUUCAUACGUUUUAUGAUAAGCCAGCACUUUUUAGCAAGUUUUGUCUUUGAUAGUAAAAUAUUGCAAUGAUUUUCCAAUCUGCACUUUAUUUCUUGAGCAUUAUGCAAUUGUUGAUCUCAAGUCACUCUUUCAAAUUUUCUUGCAAUGUCAUCAUAUAAUCCGUAUGUUUCAGUUCUUUAAGUCAUUUACCAUGGCCCUAAAUUAUUACUGAUUCUGCCUUUUCCCUUUCUUUUACAAUGCAUUGUAAUUUACAAGAUACCCUUGCUUAAUUGACAAGUUAUAUUUUAAAUUUAGUUUAUAUAUGAGUAUAUUGUUCAUGUAUCUUGCAACACAAAAUAAUACUCCAAUGGCAUUAAAGUAGCUUUAGCUGCAGAUUAGUGCUCCAAUUUGGUAUUUUAUCAAAGAAAAUAUAAUUUAUUUAUUAUUGCAAACAUUUUAUAAUUCAAAUUUAAUUAGGGCAGAAUUGGAUGAGUUCGUAAUAUUCAUUGGAUUCUGCUAACAAAUUAUGUAAAAGCUGCAGAUAUAAAUAAUCUUAGAGUAUUGAUGACUAUUUCCUUCAUGCUGUUAAUGAGUUUUGAAACCUAAAUUGUAAAUUAUAUUUAAAAUAUUGCUGAUUUAGCAGCAAGAAUUUAUUUUCUCUAUGAGGAUAAUAACUGCUACCAAUCCACAUCAUUUGUACAGAAUUAAUAAAAUAUUUUGUUUGUA